CAUUCACUAUUCAUACCAUUCAUAUAAGGUCCAAGAUUUUACAUAUACCUUGAAUUUUUACAAGGUCCUAGGUACAGUGAUAAUGGCCUUAAAGGGUCCCACCUCCCAUAUAUAUAAUCUAGUUAUCUACCUUCUCAAAUCCCAGAUUCCCACUGUGACAGAACUCAGUGAUAACCCAGUGAGUCAACUCGUGUUGCAGCUAGUCAGCAACUCAGCAUCCACUUUCCCUGUGAAGAAAAUGAAGGCCGGAAUUACUAAGCUCAUAGUUCUCCACCCACCGGCGGUGCCGGCAUCAUCUCCUCGUGUUCUGCUUCUGGGCUUCAUCUCAUUCUUCGCUUUGGCUUCUGCCCUCACUUUCUUCUCCGCCAAAGACGCCGUUGAGGGAGGGGGAAAGCCUCCGGCGGGAAUACCCCAGCCGGUGUUGGAAGCGCUUGUGCAUUACGCCGCCGUGGCGAACACCACCUAUCUGUCCUCCCGAAUGUCCUCCGCGGAAGUGGGCGCCGUGGCGGCUGCCCUCCGCCGCUGCGGAAACGCCUGCAACUUCCUUGUUUUCGGGCUGAGCCACGAGACCCUCCUCUGGCAUUCGCUGAACCACGGCGGGCGGACGGUGUUCGUGGACGAGAGCGCGUACAUGGUGGCGAAAGCGGAGGAGAAGCACCGCGGGAUUGAAGCGUACGACAUUCAGUUCACCACCAAAGCCGCCCAAUUGUAUCAUCUCUUGGAGCACGCCAAGGAACGUGGCAUGAAAGAGUGCCGGCCGGUGCAGAAUCUGCUCUUCUCCGACUGCAAGUUGGCCGUCAACGACCUCCCGAACCACAUAUACGACGUCGCUUGGGACGUGAUCUUGGUGGACGGGCCGCGGGGGUACGCGCCGUCGUCGCCGGGGAGAAUGUCGGCGAUAUUCACCGCCGGCGUGCUGGCCAGGAGCAAGGUGGGCGGCGAGGCGGAAACGCAGGUGUUUGUGCACGAGAUUGGGAGAGAGGUUGAAAGAGUGAGCAGUGAGAGAUUUCUCUGCAAUGCCAAUUUGGUAGAUUUGGUGGAUGCUUUGGGGCAUUUUGCGGUGACCAAAAUGGACGCUGCCAAUUUCAGAUUUUGCUCUCCAUUAAUGGCAGAUGAGUGAAGAACUGAAGUGAUGUCAUAAUUUCCACUUUUUUUAAAAAAUAUAUAUUUUUGUUAGAAUAUAUAGCCAAAUCGAUCUGUAAUGUGUUUAUUGUCUUUAAAAAAAAAAGUGAGAACAAAUGUUAUCUAAAUAUUCACAAUUUAU